AGCAGUGAGAGAUAGAGCUGGGGUAUAGCUGGACUAAAAGUAAACUCUAGACUACUAGACUACUCUGCACUCCUACCCGGACCCUACAAGACCCUGAGGAACCAUUUCUGACAGACACUACCGAGGCCCUCUCCAAAAUGGCCAAGGUGUACAAGAAGACCAGUGGGAAUGGGGGACUCAGCCUCUACCUGGGAAAGAGAGACUACGUGGACCAUGUGACCAAGGUGGACAGCGUGGAUGGGGUUGUGAAGCUGGACCCCAAAGACUUCGGGAGCAGGAAAGUGUUCGUGCAGCUGACCUGCGCCUUCCGCUAUGGCCGUGAGGACCUGGACGUGAUUGGCCUGUCGUUCAGGAAGGACAUCUGGUACGAACAGAUCCAGAUCUACCCUGAGAGCCACCAGCCCAAGCUGAGCAUCAUGCACGACACCCUGAUGAAGAAGGCCGGGGACAACGCCUACCCGUUCACCUUCGACAUUCCCAACAACCUCCCUUGCUCGGUCGUUCUGCAGCCAGGACCGGACGAUAAGGGCAAGGCCUGCGGCGUGGACUUUGAGGUGAGGACGUACCUCGCCAUGGAGGCCGACAACCCAGAUGAGAAGAUAGAGAAGAAGGACACCGCUCGGCUCAUCGUCAGGAAAAUCCAGUUUGCCCCGGACCUGGCGGGGGCCGGACCCAAGGCCGAGCUCCGCAAGAACUUCAUGAUGUCGGACAAGCCCAUCCAUCUAGAAGCCUCCAUGGCCAGAGAUCUCUUCUUCCACGGUGACUCCAUCCCAAUCAAGAUCAAGGUCAACAACGAGACCAGUAAAACGGUCAAGAACAUCAAAAUCUCGGUGGACCAGGCCACAGACAUCAUCCUCUACUCCGCAGACAAGUACACCAAGUGUGUCCUGAACAAGGAGUUCAGUGAGACGGUUGAGGCCAACGGGACCCUGGAUAAGACCCUCUGCAUCACCCCUCUGCUGUCAGACAACAAGGAGAAGAGGGGGCUGGCACUCGACGGACGGCUGAAGGACGAGGACACAAACCUGGCCUCCUCCACCAUCUUAAGGGCAGGCAUGGAAAAGGACGUACUGGGAAUCAUGGUCUCUUACAAGAUCAAGAUUCACCUCAUUGUGGCCGGAUCAGGCUUGCUGGCUGGACUCACUGGAAGUGAUGUUGAACUAGAACUGCCGUUAAUCCUCAUGCAUCCAAAACCCACAGUGUAGUCAUGGAGGAGAAUAAUCAAAUGACCCUCCAUUGUUAAGAAAGGAUGCCAACCUGGCAGAGAUAUAGGUGUGGAAGAAGGCAGAGGAAGACAAAAGAAUAGGCAACGAGAGGAACACUAUUAUGUCUAUUUUUUUGUAUGGAAGAUGUACGAGUUUGAUGUAAUUAAACCAAAAUGACCGAGUGCAAUUACAGAAUACACUAUUCUACACGUUCCACAAGCUUAUUCAUAGUUAUUUACAGAAUUUAUGUUAUUCUCUCACACACACACACACACACACACACACAAUAACAGUACUUCCUGUGUGGCUAGGAUGUGAGCUGACUAGCAGCCACUGCUUAAAGAAGUGAGCUUACAGCUCUCAUUUGCAAAGAGGUUGUAUGAGGGACUAUUAGUUUGCACUUGCACACAAAAGAUGUUGCACUGAAAAUCCUGCUGUUUUAUACGACCAACAAACUCUACGAACUACCACUCAAUGGCAGCGUCGUUAAUGUGAAUGAAAUAAAAUAAGUUUUAUG